CGGCUAUCCUUAAUCAAUCCAUUAUAAACCCCUUUCUCCACCUACAGCUUUUUCUCCUUUUCAUUCUCUCUCUCUAAAUUCCUCAUUUCAUAGAGAGAUUGAGAAUCAGAAUUCAGAAUCCUUCAUCUUCUUCCUCUUUUUCCGUGAUUCAAUCUCGAUGAGCAUUUAGAGAACAAACGGGAUUCGAUUCAGUGUCAUCCACAGCCGAAUAUGUCUCAUGCGGUGUUUCAAACGGCUCAAAUCAUGCCCAUUAACACCCAGCUUCCCACCAACAAGCUAUGGCUUCCCUCGGCUGUUAAGCUCGGUCCCUGCCACCGAAACAGAGCAGUUCUGGUGGUAAAGGCCUUCACAACUUCUCCUCCUUCUUCCUCUUCUUCUUCUUCUUCGGGUGUUUCAUAUGUGGAUUCCAUUGCUCUGCUGGAGCGUUGCUUUGGAGCUCCAUCUGCGCCUGCUGGUUGUGACCCAUUAAUCGCCAUAUCUUCUUCCUCUUUUGGUCCUGUUAUGAAAGGCCAAUAUGGUGCCCUUGGUUCUGUAACCUUGGAGAAAUCCAAGCUUGAUUUGUCUCAGAAGCAGUCCAAGUCUAGUCCUGAGACUGCCAUUGGGGGAGGUGGUGGAGAUAUUGGCAAGAAAAUUAAUCAUGGUGGUGGUGAUGGUGGAGACGAUGAUGGUGAUGAUGAUGAUUACUAUGAUGAAUUUGAUGAUGGGGACGAGGGAGAUGAGGGUGGCCUGUUCCGGAGAAGGAAAUUUCUUGAAGAGCUUUUUGAUCGUAAAUUUGUAGAUGCAGUAUUAAACGAGUGGCAGAAGACAAUGAUGGAUUUGCCUGCUGGACUUCGUCAGGCUUAUGAAAUGGGUUUAGUCAGCUCGGCUCAAAUGGUAAAAUUCUUAUCAAUGAAUGCCAGGCCAACUACAACUCGGUUCAUUUCACGAGCACUUCCUCAAGGAAUCUCACGGGCUUUUAUUGGCAGGAUGAUAGCCGAUCCUGCCUUUCUCUAUAGGCUUCUUUUAGAGCAGGCUACUACAAUUGGUUGUUCAGCUUGGUGGGAAAUAAAGAAUCGCAAGGACAGGAUAAAACAGGAAUGGGAUCUGGCGCUCAUUAAUGUUCUAACAGUUACUGCCUGCAAUGCUAUAGUUGUUUGGUCACUUGCUCCUUGUCGAUCAUAUGGAAAUACAUUCCGAUUUGAUUUGCAAAAUACAUUACAGAAGCUUCCCAAUAAUAUAUUUGAAAAAAGUUAUCCUAUGAGGGAAUUUGACUUACAAAAGAGAAUCCAUUCUUUCUUCUACAAAGCUGCAGAGUUGUGCAUGGUCGGUAUAACUGCAGGAGCCGCUCAAGGCGCUUUGUCCAAUUUUCUCUCUAGUAAAAAGCAGGAAAGGUUAUCUGUAUCAGUUCCAACUGUGAGUACCAAUGCUCUCGGCUAUGGUGCUUUUCUCGGGCUCUAUGCAAAUCUCCGGUAUCAGUUAUUAUGCGGUUUUGACAGAGCAAUGAUCAAUCAUUUUGAUGUUAUUGAGGUAGCUCUGUUUUUCAGCUCUGCAUUGAGGGUUUUGAAUGUGCAACUAGGAGAAAGAUCAAGACUGGCUUGGCUUGGAGUGGAGGCUGAUCCACUGGUUCAGUCAAGUGAACUCUUGAAGAAGGUUUACAACCGACCUUCUGAAGACGUUAGUAAGUCUUCCUCAAAAUGGUUUAUUUCUAAGAAUGCCAUCAUUUCUGGCCUUGGACUCCUUGGUCUCAAACAGACCGGUGCCGACUCCAUCUCUGAAGGUGAAUCAGUACCCAAAGCACGGAGGAAGAGAAUUGUUCGGAGAAAGGUAACGGCAGGUUCCUCGUGAUCUUUUUAUCCAGUAAAUGCAUUCUUCAUUACCCAGUUUUGCAGUAUGACGAUAGAUUUGGUGCAAAGUUGCCGUAUAAAUCUUUGAUAGAAGUUAGUUGCUAGGUGGAUGAUAUUUUUCCUUUGAUGUAACCUGUGAUCCAACUGGAGAAAUUCAUUUUAAACUGAAGUAAUGCAAUUAUUCUAAAGUUUAUCUUGUAGGGAUUUUUUUAAA